AUUUUACUUUGAGCUUCCCGCCGCCAUAUUUUACGUUACCUACGUAAGCGCGUCAUCAUCAAUGCCGUGUGACGCCUUUAAUAGGUCACGUGAUAUAAGAUGGCGUCGCUUGCGUCCUUGGUGUUCCGAACAAGAACAGGGCUGUUGCUUCCUUGCCAAUCCUCAUUCAUUGACUCGGUAAGGUUUGCCUCAAAGAAAGCUGGCGGUAGCAGCAAGAACCUGGGAGGUAAAAGCCCUGGUCGGAGAUAUGGAUUCAAGAAGCACGACGGAAACUUUGUCCAUGCGGGGAACAUCCUUGCAACACAGCGAGGUCUGAGGUAUCACCCCGGAGCUCAUGUGGGGAUGGGAACCAACAACACGUUGUACGCCCUUGAGGACGGCGAGGUCCGCUUCACCAAAGAGGUCUAUGUCCCGCCGCCUCGUAGCCCAGAGGCUACAGCCGUCAUCUGCAAGCUGCCCAGGGGCGUGAUUCUCUACAAGACCUUCAUCAACGUCCUGCCCAACCUGCAGGAGGGCAAGUUUAAACUGGUGGACAUGGUCUGAUACCCGGAAGGGCUGGGAUAAGACUGACUUGAAAGAGGGGGGGGGACUCGAGGCAUAUGCUUCUUGUUGUGUUGAACACCAAAGACCCGGAUCACAGCAGUUCAACGGACAUGGCACACUCCUGAGCUGAUUGUGUUUGGAUCACAUUGUGUUCAUCUCAGCACAACCUCUCCGGCCAUAAUGUAAUCCUUGGACCUGCACAUCGUACUCGCAGGGAUUCAUGUUUUGCUUCGGUAGCCUUUAGGUUUUUCAGAGCAUCUGUAUUAUUUGUAUUGUUCUGUGGUAUUGAAUACCUACCGCAUAAAGUCUUGGUUUAAUAUAAAA